AUGGGGAAGAGAAAAGAGCGACGCCGAGCCGCUUUGAACAACACUGGCCGUCGCGUUAAGCUCGAUCUCUUCGCGGAACCCUCUGGAGAUUUGGGUGGCUCCUCUGUACACGAUGAAGUAGUUGGAGGAGGGGAUAAUGAUCCAACACAACGUGCUGGAUUACCCAAUUCGCCAUCAUCAUCUUCAGGCCAACAGCCACAAAAUCCUCUUCUUUUGCUCGGACAAUACAGUGAUGAUGAGUUGGAUGUGGAAAAAGAUAAACAUCUCAUCAAUGCCGCUAACAAUAGUCCUUCAGCUGAUCUUAGUAAUCAGGAUAUACACCCUGCUGAAGGAAAUGAUAAAGACAGCAAUGCAUUUCAAGAUCCUUUCAUGCAAUCAAAUGAUCAGCAGGAUAUGGAUGCAGAUCCUACCAAUGUUGAUGUUAUACAGAGUGUGAAUGGAGUUGAUAAUAAGGAUCACGAUACAACUGUUCAUGAUGACACUAGCAAAUCUUUCAUAUCAGCAGAAGAAGCAUCUGAAGGUGGAGUUUCUGCUCCAUUAAUUGCUGGAGAUUCUGCUCCACUAGUUGCUGGAGAUGUGAGUUUAGGCUGGAGGAUGGUACUGCAUGAGGAGAGUAAUCAAUACUAUUACUGGAACCCUGGAACAGGUGAGACUUCAUGGGAAGCGCCCAUUGCUUUGGCUCACAUGGGAUACAUGGUUAAUCUGGAGGCAUCUGUUGCUGAAGAUACAGGGAGUCUUCCAGUGAGUAAGAGUCAGAACGAUUCCAUUUCUGUUGUCGAAUUGGCUCAUACUUUUCCCGCACCAACCAUAGAUGGUUUGUCAGGUGUCAUUUGCACUCCCUUGAGUGAAGAACCACAUAGUAGUAUGCAACAAAUUUAUGCGUCUCGUCAGCAAGUUGAAAGUGAAUCUUUGAAGAGUGAAGGUCUGGAAGCUCAUUUUCUCCAAAAUGAGCUGGGGAGUAACCCCGUUUCAGUUCAUGGACAAUCAGGUGAAGGGUACACAGCUCAAGAUGAACCUAGACAUGCUGCAAUUGCUACCGAUAUCCAUCGAGAAGGCAGGGAUACUUCAACAAGUCUGAGGACUCAAUGUCAGUGCUUGUUGGAGAGGCUGAAGUCCUUGAGAGGCUUUGACAGAUGGCCCCAAGAUCAUGAACUUAUGUUGAAGUACAUUAUAGAAUUAGAGACACGGCUUUCUGACAUUGAGUCCCUUUCAUCACAUGGUUUGCAGUUGCUUCCAUUUUGGACGCACACAGAAGUAAGGCUCAAACAAUUAGAAGAUAAAAUUAACAGUGAAAUUUAUCGGCUUGCUGUAUCUGCACAAAUGGAUGAUGAUGUUGAGCUAACCCCUGUAGUCUGUGAAGGAAAGCCACAACACCAGGAUGGCCUUUUUAAUGAAUCUCCUGCAGACGCAGCAGGAGGCAGGAAGUCACCUACUACUGUCAAUGUGAUUGACAGUUCUCAUAUUGAAGGUGCUUCUGAUUCUGUUUCGUAUGCUGUUCAUACUUCCCCUUCUGAAGCAGCUGGUAAAGUUUCAGAAAAUGAUGCAAUGAAUGCAGAGGUAAACGAGACUGCUGAGUUGAAGCCCGACUUAGUCAGCAUUGAAGAUGUUGAUAUGGAUAUUGAAAUGGAAGUUGAAGAUGCACCUGUAAACUCUACCCUGUCUGAAAAUAAUAUUCACACGGGUGCUGCUCCCUCUGAGCAGUUCAUUCCUUCUAAUGCACCUUUAGAUUACACACCCCUUGUAGCAGGAGAAUGGUCAGCUGUUCCUCCUGAAGAAGAAUGGAUUCCUCCACCACCGCCUGAUACUGAACAUAUUCCUCCACCCCCUCCCGACGACGAACAAGUUCCUCCACUACCUCCUGAUGAGCCUCCAGAUUCUUCUUACUCUAUGCCUGCCUGUUCUGGACCAAUGGUUCAAUCAGCCUCCUAUCCAGAGCACUAUGGCUAUCCUUAUAUGGAUUCGAACUUCCAAUAUUAUGGUUGUGCAUCUAAUUUGCCAAGUGGUAGUUUCUAUGUGCAUGUUGAUGGAAGUCAAGUUGCAAUCCCACACACAUCGCUCUAUUAUGGCCCUGUUUCAACUACAUAUGCUGAAACACCUCCUGUUAUGGUUAACCCACUCGAGCAAGUAGCAUCCUAUAACCACCUCCAAACAUUGCCUCCUGGGACUAUCCUUACCGGCCAAGAAUCUUCAAACUUGCCAACAAACGUUGGUACCGUGCAAUCUGAUUCCAGUUAUAUUAUCAAUGCUGCCAACUCAGUAGAAUCCGAACAGUAUGUGAAGCCCGAGCCACCUUCGAAUGUGAACAGCCAGGCUCCUGAUGUCAGCAAUGAUGAAGGGACUGUUUCUAGUUCGAUCCAUGUUCUUGGUGCUGCUGCAGCUGUAUCUGCCCCUUUAAAUGCUAAGGUCCAAUCUAAAGUUUCUCGUGGCAAGAAGCGGACUGUUGCUGUCUCAACCUCCUUGAGAUCUAAUAAGAAAGUAUCAAGCCUGGUGGACAAGUGGAAAGCAGCGAAAGAGGAGUUGAAAGAAAAUGAUGAAGAUGAACCGGAAAAUGCACUUGAGAUCCUGGAGAAGAAGCGGCAGAGAGAAAUUGAGGAAUGGCGUGCUAAGCAAAUUACUAGUGGAGAGGCGAAGGAUAAUGCAAAUUUUCAACCUCUUGGUGGCGAUUGGCGUGAGAAAGUAAAGCGCAGACGAGCUCUAGCUGCCAAGGAAGAAGCCAAGAAAGCAACCAAGGUUGAUGUUGCCGAUGCAAAACAGCCACCCAAUUUAGCAGAACUAUCUAAGGGUUUACCAUCUGGUUGGCAGGUAUAUUGGGAUGAAGCAUCAAAACAGGUCUAUUAUGGCAAUGCUGUUACUUCUGAGACGUCCUGGACAAGGCCGACAAAUUGA